UGUGUGUGUGUGUGUGUGCAUUCUCUGGGGGAGGAGUUUUUUUUUUUUUACUUACAUCCAUCCCCUGCUUCAAGAAGUCAUCUACUUCUUCAAAGAAACUGGUAAAAUUUUUGUUAUUAGUAUCUGAAGAAAUGGAUUCUGAUGCCCAAAAAGCUACUUCAUCUUCAUGGGAGUUCAGCUGUGAUUUAGAAGUAGAUUACAAGUCUGACGAAAAAGCUCACAUAGUAUGCUCAACACUUGCUGUUGACAAGGAGCUUCAGCCCGAUAAAGUCAAGCGGCUAAUGUCCGUCUCUGAUGGAAAACUUUUGGUGCAUUUUGAAGCUGUUGAAGCAAGAUUUCUCCGGGCAUCAUAUAGUGCCUUUGUGGAUGUACUAACACUAGCUACAAAGACAAUUGAACAAUUUGGCGAGGGCAUGGAGCUACAGCCUCAAAACAUAUAAUUUUAUUCCUAGUUUUUCUUUUCUUUUUGUUGGUUUUAUAUCCUAUGUAAACCUCGGUGAAACCAUUUGUAGGAUUUCAGUUUGUUUUUUUUUUUUUUGUUGUAGCAUAAUGUUCAAUUUUUUCUGGAAAUACAUAUGUUGCAUGGAUCUGUGAUUUCAGAUAAUCUGAUUAACCAUUAUCAAGGAACUUGCUUUGAUCAUC